AACGUCAGGGUCGAACCCUUCACUGACACACUUUCACCUCUCACGAGGAAGCUUUAUAGACGCUUUUAUCCAAAGCACCUUACAAACGAGGAGCACAAGCCGUCCAUCGUAAAGAGGCAUAAACACGAGAGGAGGUGAGCUCUGCCAAAAACAGCGUUACUAUGGAAUCCCGCGUUUACAACCAAUAGAACAACAGAAUGCGUAAUGAAGAGAGGAGCAGGAGGGGAGGGGCGGUUUGGAGGAGGGGUCGCCGUGUGUAAAUGCGCAGCCGAGCGUGAAAGAGCCGGAGGGACAAAGACAUGCAGCAUGCGGCCGUAGCAGCACUCACACUCCAAACAACAUGAAAACCCCAAACACACGAGGAUCGUCCGCACACACAGGAUGAAAUGCAACAGAUAAACGUCUUUUGGACUCUUUUCUGUGAUGCGUUCUUGCUGAAACCAACCCUGAACUUCUGCAGCGCAAUGCUGAUUCCUUCUCUCCCGUUUCUCUGGAGGAGCGCCGGACGGACGCUCGCACGCGUCUGAGUUCAGACAUGGAGAGCAGCUUCGCACUGAUCCUGUCGUUCCUGAUGACGCUGGACGCGCAGCUGGUUUGCUGGCAGGCGCUGGUCAGAUGUCACGAAGAGCACGACUGUGAGCUCGCCUAUAACCAGUACCUGACGGCGUGCGACGGGAACAUCCGCGGGACCCGGCGCCAGUGUCCGAGCCACUGCAUCAGCGCGCUCAUCCGCCUCAACCAGACCGCCGGCGGGUCGCACCUGGAGACCUGCGCCUGCGGGACGGACGCCGAGUGCCUGCGGGCCAAACGGGCCAUCGAACCCUGCCUGCCGCGGACGCAUCCCGGCGGCGCCGACGGGAUCGGGUGCACCGAGGCGCGCCAGCGCUGCGAGGACGAGCCCGGCUGUCAGUCGGCGCUCACCGCGUACCUGUCCCACUGCGGACAGCUGUUCAACGGGAGGAAGUGCUCGUCCCGCUGCAGAUCGACCAUAGAGCAGCUGCUGUUCCUGCCCAACGGCGUCCUGCUCAACCAGUGCGUGUGUGACGGUCUGGAGAGGCCGUUCUGUGAGGUGGUCAAACAGAACAUGGUCAAACUCUGUUCUAUAGGAGACCACGGCGUCUCCUUCGACCACGACGGGACGGAUGAUUUAUACGAGGAUGAGGAUUACGAGCUGAAGCCGGGGAGCGAGGUGACGGACGCUGACGCGGUGAUGUCCGGUGCAUUGACUCUUUCUCAGCAGGUAGUUUUGCUGUUCGCUCUGACUGCGCUUCACACACUUUAAACCGGAGGAUGAUUGAGGCUGGAAUACACCGCACGACUUACUUUAAAACACUUAUACUUGACAACUUUGCAUGUGGUUAUGAGAAAAAAAUGGCAUCAUGCACUAAAGGAGGAUCACUCAGAAAAAAAGGGUUACACUUUAUUUUGAUUGUCAACUUUAAACAUUCUACUAACUUUAAGUAAGUUUGCAACGGCAUGUCGACUAACUCUCAUUAGAGUAUCAGUAGAUUGUUUUCUUCGGGUUAGUAGAGUUAGUUUACAUGUAGUUGCAAAGUUACUUAUAGUCAGUAGAAUGUCUAAAGUGGACCAAUGAAAUAAAGUGUGACCAAAAAAAGGUUCAAUGUGGUUCUAUAUAGAACUCUAACGUUCUCGACUCAAUUUUAAAAGAGAAUUGUUUUAAAUUAUUGCAUAAUACUUUCAUGUUUAAUUGGUUAUUUCAUUUUUUCUACUGAUAAAGCAUGUUUACGAGCUGCUUAAUUCAUAAAAUUGAAUUACAAUUAAAAAUGAAUUAACCCUCUAGUGCUCUUCGGUCAUUUUUGACCGAAAAAUUUUACGUUUUUUUUUUUUUUUUUUUUUUGGUACGAAACUUGGUAAAGGUUUGUGAACACACAAAAAAAAAAAAUCAUGGACAUGAUUCAAAAAGAUUAAAUGAUCCUGACAAAAAUAGUCACACUUCUGCUCCUCGCAUUGGAAAUGAAUUUCAUCUAGUGGAAACUUUUGGUACUGCGCCCAAACAAAAUCUUACUGAAAGCUCAUUUUUUGAGAUAUCAAACUCAAAUUUUGAACACAACUUAUUUAGAUACACGUUUAGAGUAAAACGUGUUUUUGAAAAUAUAUAUUUCAUAUAAAAACUAAAAAUAAUAUUUUUGUGCAUUUUUCAUAACAAUAAACAUAAAAUUCUGUAACUUUUUUUUAAGUUAACUUCUUAAAAGUUUUCACUUCAGCACUAAUCUUUAAAGUGUCGUCUUUGAAAAGAGACCAAAACUUAGUUUGUUAUCUAAAACAUUCAAAAUUUGACAGUUUAAGUUGGAAAUUUCAUUUUCAGGUCUCAAAAAGUGAAUAAAUGGAUUAUAACUACAGCGUAAAUAUGAUUUAGUACCAUAAAAUCCCCUAAAAAUACAAAAUAUUAAAUAAAAAACAUUAUCAAACUAAAAUAUAGUACCUUAAUUUCAUUGAAAUAAAAAGACUGUCAUUUUUUAGCGACAUGCAAAGAGCACCAGAGGGUUAAAACAAAAUUAAUUCAUUAAUUAAAACUAAAUGCAUCAAAUGAUCUCAUGAUGGAACCCCUAAUAGGUUAUUCAUAUGAGGUUCUGUUCAAGGUUCAUUUCUUCUUGGAGCGUAACAGAUUUAUAAGUCGUUUUGAACACAAAAAUGAAAACAGUGUUUUAAAAUCAUCUCAGAAAUCACUUCAAAGUCUGAGUCUGAAUCUUUAGACCGACUCUGACUUUCAUCGACUGCCAAUCAGGGUCAAAAAUCUGGUCAGUCGUGUCGUUUAUUUCAGCCUUCGGUCCUUCAGCUCUCAUGAUCUCGGUCGGAUGUUUGGCACACGAACUCUCCGCAGUGUUUGUUAUGAUUUCAGCGUGACGUUCUCCUCCUGAAGUGUCUCUUUAGUAAGACUCGAGACAAACAGUGGACGUGCGUCGAGAGUUUGCGGAGCUCUUACUCUCAUUGUUCUCGCAACUUACUUCAAAUAUUUGCCGAGCGCGGACACAGAAAGGAGCCGGUUUGGGAUCAAGUGCUUCAUUUAAGUGAAGAGGCCCUUCAAACGCUGUUAAAUGCUCUUUCUCUCACACUCUUCAGAGUUAGCUGUUCCUUUCUUCUUGACCGUUUAACAGCACUGAGAAAUCUUCACAUCUGACUCAAGUAUUGUUCAUGAAUGCUGGAAAUCAACACCAAGUGCCUGAACUGAAGUUCAACGUCAAGCUUGAAACUGUUGAGGUUCAUAUUUGUUUUCAGUGGUUUUAGUUCUCUUUCUUUGCAUAUAAUGAAUUAUUAGUAAUGUCUGAUGAGUUCAUGUAAACUCUAAGAUCAGAAGCACUCUAUGCAAGUACGUGAAUGCAAAUCCCCAUGUGGCCACAGGCAGCGCUGUAGCGGACGUCAGUCUUCUUCUAUGGUCAGUUUUCUCUUUCAGGUCAGUUAUUAUCGUUGCAUCUGACGAGAAUCAUACAGAGCAACUUAGUUAAACUGUUGACAUGUUUAUAGCGGACGUUAAUGCGUCUGGUUUGAGUGUACUUGUGUAGAGUUUCUGCUUUAAUAUUUCUUGAAUUCACUAUGGCUAUUGAAGUUUCACAGACUUUGUACAGAAAAAGAAUUUAUUUAUGCAUUUUGGAAUUUUUAAGAAAAUAAAAGUCAUGCUGAAAAUCAAGAAAAUUUGUCAUCUGGUGUCUGAAAGACGUAAUGUUUAUUUCCAAAACCAGUGAACGUAGACGUUUCAUGAUUAAGGCGAGACACUUA